GGAGGGUGGUCUGUGCGAGGAGGAAGCCCCAAGAAAAGCCCAAAGCCUUCCACCCUAUGCAGACUCAUUCCUGUGCUAGGCAAACCAAAGGCAGCGCUUGCGUCCCGCGUUUUAACGGCCCUCCCUGCAUCCUUAUGUCCUUCUCCUGGGGUUUCAGUCGUUCUAUUUAACGCAAGUAGACCAGAAUGAUACAGAUCUUGGAUCCAAGGCCUCUUCCCAGUUCUAUGAUGCCUGUUGAUGUGGCCAUGAGAAUAUGCUUAGCCCGUUCGCCACCUGUGAAGAAUUUUCUCAACCCGCUUGAUGAAUAUCAAAGGAGAAACUUCGUGGACCGAUUUAAGCCUCUCAGACCAUGCCUGAAUGUGAAACGGGAAACGGAGUCCCAAAGCAGUGACUGGAAACUCACUGCUGGACGAGCCAAGAAGAGAGUUGUCUUUGCAGAUUCCAAAGGACUCUCUCUGACUGCAAUUCAUGUAUUCUCAGAGUUCCAGGAGAAUCCAGCAUGGGACCUUCAGUUUGAGUUGUUAGACCUUGAAGACAUAACAGCUGGCCUAAAACUACAUGAGGAAAAGAACUUGAUUCUGGGUUUCACUCAGCCUUCAGCUGACUACUUAGACUUCCGGAACCACUUACAGAAGAACUUUGUGUGUCUUGAAAACUGCACCCUCCAAGAAAGGGCUGUGUCUGGGACUGUGAAAGUGAAAAAUGUGAGUUUUGAGAAGAAGGUGCGGGUUCGGAUCACCUAUGAUUCAUGGAAAACAUGUUCCGAUGUUGAUUGUGUCUACAUGAACAAUGUGUAUGGAGACUCAGACAAUGACACUUUCUCCUUUGCUUUUGACAUGCCUCCAGCCAUUCCCGCUGAACAAAAGAUUGAAUUUUGCGUGUAUUACCAAAGUGGCGAGCAUAUCUUCUGGGACAAUCAUGAUGGGCAGAACUACAAGAUCGUCCAUGCAGAAUGGAAAUCUGAUGGAGUCCAAGCACCAGCAUCUCCCAGGAAAGACUGCAUGACACUCAAACCCUCAAGAAAAGUGCAUGGAACAGGCUCUGAACAACUUGGCAGCCCUCGGAUAUCCAGUGGCUUCUUCCCUGAAUGGCAAAGCUGGGGUAGGAUUGAAAACUCCUCCCCGUAUUGGUGAAUGGAAUAAACCACAGACAUGUCUGCUGUUGGCAGCUGAACAUCACCAAUCUUAAGCUUCUUUAAUGUACAGUAUAAACAAACCUCCUGGAAGGAAUUUCUGAAACUAAAUUUCAUACAUUUUAAAAACGAAAUGAAACUACCAACCACAUCUUAGACUUGGAGAGAAUUCAAAAAGAAUGUUGCCUAACGUAAAAUGGCACGUGUGAUCCAUAUAUGUGACUUUGUUUCGGCUGUUAACUUGCCUUAACUCAAGGGGUGGGGGCAAGCAAGAGAAUUGUUUGAAAAGUAACAAUGUUUGGUGGCUUUUUGGGAAGCUGUAAUUGUGUGUGGAGUGUUGAUUAGAUAGACAGAAAAACCUGCUUUAAUAUGGAGAAGAAACUGUAAGACAUAGUGAAAUGCCAAAACCGAGGCCUAAAUCAAGGCUAGAUCAGUUCUGAUCAUUAAACAGUUCAGUGUUCAGGAUUCUGGUACAGAAAUACCUUUCAGCAGGAAUAAAGUGGAAUGAGAGAGACUGAAAGAGAGUUAGUAUGAUACACUGUAUUAUAAGGAAAAAUAAAGUAUGGGAGGAUCUGGCCUUUAAAAUCCCAAAAUAAGUUAUUCAGGGGUUUUUAAGGAGCAAUAAUAUACAAAGUACUUUAUUUCUACAAAAAUAGGGUUACUACCUUUGUAUCCCAAGAGAGACAUUGUGCCUUUAAGAGCUGAAUGACAAAAUGCACCUUUCCCCAUCAAUGUAUUGGGAAAAAUUGGGACUGCCUCUGUUAAAUUUCAGCCUGCCAUGCUUGGGUAUGUGUGGAGGAGGUGAGAGGAAGUGUGAAAAGAAAGAAAGGGGUUGGGAACUGUGAGAUCUAUUUAUCUAUAUAUAUAUAAAUAGGCCCCUAAAUAGUUGUAGACUUGGUUUCAGGAAUCUGUCUUUCAACUUGCUAUGCAAUAGCCUAAUUUUGCUUUCAUAAACACUUGUGAAACUUCACUUCACAGUAGAUUUCCAUCUUGUAUACACAAAGACUAUGCCUGAAACGAAAUCCCAUAGGGUGUCCUAAGAUUACACUGUUCUGUUUUUUAAGAGAGACUCUUGUGAAAUGCCUUAAAUCUAUAGAUAUUGGCUGCUGGGUCUGCUGAAUUUGCCUUGUAGAAGUAGCCACAAGUUCUAGUAUCUUGCUUGUUGUUGUAGAGUUUUAGUAACAUUUCUCCCUCUAAAAAUAGCUCUUCACAACAGUAAAAUAACCUAAGCCAUUUAAAAUCCUUCAUAUUGAAGGGGUGAUAUUGUAGCUGCACUUCUCAAGCUAAUCAGUUUAAAAUGACAAAGUAUGCAUCUUGCACAUACGUAGAAAUAGUUUUCUAUUCACUUUCUCAUACCUCAUUUUUCUUCUGUGGCUUUUACAGAUGCAAAAAUUUGUGUGUGUGUGUGCACGCACGCACACGUGUUUUGUUUUAAUUGUAGUGUUCCCUGGAUAUAUCACAUCUUGUAAAUAGUGUGUGACUAUUGCUUUGACACAGGCUGUAUAAGACAGAGCGAAGCAGGAUGGAAGUGUACACAUACCUCUGUGUUCACUUAACUGUUUUUACAACUGUAACAUCUCUGGAAAAGGCUGAUCAAAACAUUGUUUGUCACACCAAUACCAAGAUAGCAUUUGCAUUGUAAAAAAGGGAAAAGCCUCUUCAACACCCUUCCACCCU